AUGAUCGUGAUCGCACUUAUAAUUCACAACUGCGGCGUCGUCUCCGAUCCUACUCCGACGCGCCGCGGGAUCUCAUGCAUGGCGGAUCCCUCGCUGAUCAAGGAGAUCAAGCAGGCGCUGUCAAUUCCUGUAAUGGCGAAGGCGCGCGUCGGCCAUUUCGUGGAGGUGCAGAUUCUGGAGCAGAUUGGGGUCGAUUACAUCGACGAGAGCGAGGAAUUGAGGAUCGCCGACGAGAAUCACUUCAUGAACAAGCACAAUUUCGGAGUGAAGUUUGUGUGCGGCUGCCGCGAUUUGGGGGAGGUGCUGCGGCGGGUAAGAGAGGGCUCCGCCAUGAUCCGGACGCAGGGGGAAAUCAAGGGGUUUGGGGAAUAUCUUGACUAUGUAUGA